CACAGAGCAACAGCUUUCAGUCCGCCGGCGUCUCCGAGCCGUAGCGCCGUCAUUCUUGUUUCAAUACUACAUUUACACGGUCAACAUGUCCCAGCAAGGCCCGGCCUUUGAUGUGAACGCGAUGACGCUCACCCGGUGGGUGCUGGCUCAACAAAGAACAGCACCAAGCGCCACUGGAGACCUGACGCAGCUUCUGAACUCCAUACAGACCGCCGUGAAGGCCAUACAGUCUGCUGUUAGGAAAGCCGGUAUCGCUAAACUACAUGGAAUCUCAGGCAACACAAACGUGCAGGGCGAAGAGGUCAAGAAGCUGGACGUGCUCUCCAACGACCUCUUCAUCAACAUGCUCAUGUCUUCCUUCACCACCUGCCUCCUCGUCUCUGAGGAGAACUCCUCUGUUAUUCAGGUAGAAACAGAGCGACGAGGCAAGUACGUGGUGUGCUUCGACCCGCUGGACGGGUCCUCCAACAUCGACUGCCUGGUCUCUGUGGGCUCCAUCUUCGCCAUCUACAAAAAGACAUCGGACGGCGAGCCAUCCGAAGCAGAUGCUCUGAAGCCCGGCAACCAGCUGGUAGCAGCAGGGUACGCGCUUUACGGCUCCGCGACUAUGAUGGUGCUAUCCCUGGGCAAGGGCAAGGGCGUCAACGGGUUUAUGUAUGACCCUUCUAUUGGAGAGUUCAUACUGACUGACCCCAACAUGAGGAUACCGGAGAAGGGGAAGAUCUACUCCUUAAAUGAAGGCUACGCGGCAGAAUGGGCUGACGGGCUCAAAAAGUACGUACAAGAGAAGAAGCAGCCAUCUACAGGCAAAGCAUACGGCGCGCGUUACGUGGGCUCCAUGGUUGCAGACGUGCACCGCACCAUCAAGUAUGGCGGCAUCUUCAUGUACCCCGCCACUAAGUCCGCGCCUAAUGGAAAGCUCCGUCUGCUCUACGAGUGCAACCCCAUGGCGUUCAUCGUGACAGAAGCCGGUGGUCUGGCCAGCAACGGAACCAUCCCGAUUCUGGAUAUAGUUCCCACUUCCAUCCACCAGCGCGCGCCAUGCUACCUGGGUUCCAAGAAAGAUGUGGAAGAACUGCUGAAGUUCUUGAACUGAUACGAUGUUAAACUAAGAUUUUGUGGUGCUGCAUUAAAAGACUGAUAUCUAAA